AUGAAUGCUUGGAAUGUGCCGUCGAAAAACAGGUUUCAUACGGCCUUUGGUGAGGCAGUUGCGUCACGAAAACUGUUGAGGAGUCUAAGCAAUGGAAGGUUGGCAGCAUCUGGACAGAGUCCUCUUUGUGAAAACCACAUUCAUCCCUUUUAUCAACUGAAUAAUGCUGAAAGAGGUAUCUUGUGUGCAACAGAGAAUGGCCCACAAUUGCUAGGCGGUAAAAAAAUUGUUCCGGUAUUAAGAAGUUCUGAUUUGGGCCGGAAAGAGGUGUUGACGAACGCAAGGUUAGUUUUCAAAUCUGUCGUGGGCAUCAACAAAUUGCUAGGCAGCUAUCAUAAGUUUGGCGAGGAAAAACCUUUAGCUAUAAUCGCAGAUCGCGAUAUUGACCAGCUGCUGCGAUCCAGUCGCUUAGGCACUACUCAAGUACUGAAGCUCCAGGAGUUUUCUGCCCUAUUGCAGGAGCAGAAAUCUCCCGCAAACCACCUUCAGAUUGCCAGUAUAGUAGACUCUUUGAACUCCGAUACCCACGAAGCUCAAGUGUUUAGCGAGGAAGUGUUUUUGUAUAUCUUACAGCAUUUCUGCAACUCCAAGCAUGGUAUGAUAAGUGUUGCUCUUUCGAUUGUUGAUUUCCUUCAGAAAGAUAUCGAUGAAUUGAGGGAAGCGGAGGUGCUUUUACUUCAAUGGCUUGUAACCAUCAGACAGAAAAAUGUUCCAAGAGAUCAAGAUAUAAUUGAGGCCUUUUCCAAUUUAACUGUUGCUAUUUCUGAUAGGUUUCACAUUUCCAACUGUAUCCUACACUUUUCCCCACCUGUGACCCAGGCGGUCCUUGAGUUCUAUCUUGACGCAGGUUUGUUGUCCGAAAGCAAACUGCUGUUCACGGACUUAAUAAGUAAGCGAUUUUGCGUAAAGUCGAAACUAGUGGAGAAGUAUCUGGCUCUUAUCGAAGACAAAGUGACAAUAGCCGAUUUGAACGACCGACUCUUGAAAAAAUUCGCAUAUAUUUCGGAUUUUAGACCUGUAUUCGAGACUACUCUCACACCAGGGAUCACAGAAAUCUUGAUCUCUUAUUGCAGACAUUUCGAUGAAGUUAUAUCUUUAUUGGAGCUGGUAGAGCGCUCUAAAGCUACCAGACAGAUAUGGGAUCACGUUUUGCCGCAGUUGGUACGCAGGAUUUCGCUGUUGGAUGUUAACCCGGUAGUCAAUUCCUGUAACUUGACUGUUAUUCUAAACAGGGCCAAAAAUUUCUACGGUUCGGCUCUUUCUAGCAAAGUGCAACGUGCUUUCAUAGUUCAAUAUGCGGCGAACGGAAAUUUUACCAUGGUGACUAAGCUGAUAAGGGGAUAUGAACAGCACCUCAAUCCUAAUUUCUAUGCCAGCCUUUUAAGCGCAUCGACCGACAGCAAUAUCUGCUCUUCGGUGCCAGGGUUUCGUCCUCAGGAAAAACGGGGUUUUCUCGUAUCAAUGGUUCUACCCCACUAUGAUGAAUUAUCUUUGGCAGCGAAGCGCAUUGUACUUGAGAAUGCUGAUUCAGAAGAGCUUCUAAAGCCUCUCAUCUUAUCAGAGUUGGCAAUUCAAGCAAGAGGGGGUAAAGCAUUAGUUUCGGAGGCUGUUUCCUGGGCGGAACGUCGCGGAUUGAACCCUAAUGUUCGUGUAGAAGUCAAUGAAUGA